GGAAUUUUGAGAUAAAGGGCCUUAAAGAUCCGAGUUUUCUAGAAAACCUUUUAAAGUCAGACCUUAUUCAAAAACUUCUCUAACCAUAUGGUUGGAUAUAGCGUUCAAUUCUGAACAAAAUGACAUAUUGUCGGUAUUUUCAAGAUCCACCGUCCAAAAUUAGCAUUAAAAAUACGAACAGUGCCUAAAAAUGUCCGAUUAGAAACUGAAAACGGGAAUUUCACACAUGAACAUUUUGUAAAGCCUCUAGUUCAGUCAUCUGAAGUCGGAAAAACUUGGAAACAUCUCAUUUUGUUUAAAAGUGACCUCUCUAUCCAACCGUGUGGUUAGAAAAGUUUUGGGAUAAAGUCUGACUUUAAAAGGUUUUCUAGAAAACUCGGAUCUUUAAGGCCCUUUAUCUCAAAAUUCCGGCAAGGACCAAAGUUUUUUUCUUAGCACAGAUAGUAUUUGCAAUGCUCUUUCAUUUAAAGCCAUCCACGUCAAUUUUGGAGUAAGAUGAGACCCGGUGUAAGUUUCACACGAUGAGUCAAAAUAGUUAGGAAACGGCAGAAUUUCACUACUUGUGUUGAGAGAUUAAAACGCCAAUAACUUUCCAAAAUAGCUAUAGACCUGCGGUUUUCGCAAUAAAUUCAGCGCAGCACGCUCUACAAAAACCAUGCUAUCUCGCCGCUGGCGCCGAGGGUCUGUGUAAUGGUGGUUUGUUUCACGCGGAGUCAGCCAACUUCAAAAUAUGAAAACGUAUCAAAUGAUAAAUGCAAAAAUACUUUAAAAGAAGGAGAGUUUUGCGUGUAAUAGAUAUGCGUGCAUAAAUGAAGGAUGACUUUGUUUUUGAACCGCUGUAUUUAUUUACACAGUUAAGGAUUUAAAGAUCAGUAUUUUGAUCAGUAUUUUGAAUGAACACCCAGAUGUACUGUAGUGAUGUAUGAAAUUUGAUGGAUCUCUCAAAACAAAAAUAAAUGAGAAUUGAAGAUAAUAAACAGAAACUACUAGUUUCUUUCAAAAGUAGUGUCAAAAUCAUAAGCUACAGUGCAAAUUGUAAAUUAAUAAUUAUUAUAGAUAAGAAGUCACCGAUGUCUGUGCAGUUGUCAUUGUCAUGUCAUAAAAGAAAACGUUAUAAAUGUGAGAUGAUUGUAGCAACAUCUGUUUAUUCUGUCAACUGAUAUAUUUGCCUAUUUUUGCUGGUAGAUGAAAUAAUAUCUUAUGUCGUAGAAAUAAAAGUCCAUUGCCAUUAAUCAGAUAACAUUCCAGAGCAUUUGCUACAACUAUCGUAAGUAUUUUGUAGUGUCAGAAAGCUAGCUCAAAUCAAUCCAUUCUUCCCUAUGGAAAGCGCUUUCUGUUAGAAACCAUAUGCAUAUUGCUGUGGUAUUCUUAAAGACAAUAUGUAGAAAAAUUAUAAAUUAUUUAACAAAAACUUAAUUUACUUUUUUAAUUCCUUUGAAGAGAGAAUCAGUCUUCAGAAACUAACAGCAUAGACAUUUUAGAUCCAUCAUUGAAACUUAAUGCGAUUGUUUGAUGCUCAAUGCUUUUGGUUUAGUAAGUAUAAAUCAGCUUCUUCACUACUGCACUACAUCAUAUGCUUCUGUUUAGUAUAUUGGCUAUUUAGCAAUAUUAUUAUUACUAUCGUUGUUUUUGGUGAUGAAAACGUGAAUAAUGAUCGAACAACGUUGAAAAAAACUAAUAAAUUAAGAGAUAAUCGAAGAUAUGUGAAAUUACCUGCUUCGAUUACAUAUUCUACCGAUUUCAUUCAUCGUAUUUAUACUAGUACUCCGACACAACAGUCGACUGUUAAGGAUAAUCGUAUUAUCUCUGUUCCGAAUGCAACGAACUCUAUAAUUUCGACUUCUUCGUCAAUCGAAGAAUCUAGUAGUAGACAAACCGAUUCAAUUCUUAUCACCGAUGAACCAGUUCGAGUUAUGAUUGAUAUACAUAAAAAAAACAAAGAGGUCAAAAAAUUGGUCAUUACCACUGAGAAUUUGACAAUAUCAACAAAAACAGUGGCUAGUGCAACUACUAAGAAUAUUAUUCGACCACAAACCGUUUCUUCUCAAACGAAGAAAAUUAAUAGUGUGAUAAUGAAUCAUACGACUACAACAGUUUUGCCAACUCAUGGAUCUAAGCACGUAGUACAAAUUAGUGCAUUUAACAAAUCGAAUCAUAUCUCCUGUAAACAAGGCGAAUUUUAUAUCCCCGGUGCUAAUUCUAAUCCAUCACUGAAAGUUACAUGCACAUGUCGAACAAUCAGAAUCAAAAACACUCGAAAAAUAUUUCCGUGUCAUUCUUGUAACUGUACAAACGUCGAACGAUUUGAUCUUUUACCAUUUUCGACUUCUGUGGUCGAUUUACGCUUGUAUAAUUCGUCGUUCACUGAUCUUUCAACUAUAAGAAAAGCUAAAAGUCGUUACAAUCAUAAUGCAUAUAUCAAUCUUGAAUUAUUAGAAAUUCAUCAAUCAAACAUUAAAGAAUUGACUUAUAAUGAUAUUGAACCAUUAAUAAAUUUGAAAACAUUAAUUAUUCGUAAUGCAUCAACAUUUAAAAGUUUUACAAAUAAUACGUUUAAUCGAUCAAUUCAUUUAGAAACGAUAAUUGUCGAAGAUACCGGUUUAUAUACGUUUCAUGAAAAUUUAAUUCGAUUCAAACAAAAAAUAAAACUGUUAAAAUUAAAUGGAAAUCGUUUACAGUGUCAUUGUGACUUAAACUGGUUAAAAAAAGGCUUGUCGGAUUAUCAGUCGUUUAUGAUCGAUGUUGACCAAUGCUACUUUCGUGGUCUACCAUUUUCAUUACAUAUAAUAGAACUAUGCGACGGAAAAUGUACUAGAACAACAGUAUGUGAUCCAAAUGAUACGUGUUUUGAAAUUAAAAUUGGUCAUCUCAAUUGGCAUUCUUGUUCAAAACAACAACAAAUAUUAGAAUCUGAUUGUUCAAAAUCUCGUCAUAUGACUCUACCAAACACUUGUUCUUGUCAUCAGUCGGAUAUUCGCAUAGCACCAUUAAACAAAGUGUGUCGAUGCAAUUAUCUAGCAUCAUUAUCCGACAUUCCCGAUUCUUAUGCAUCACAGAUAAUUGAUUUACAUUUAACAGAUCCAUCAAUUAUAAAUUUAAAUGACAAUAAUUUAUGUCGUUUUAAACUCUUACACAAACUACAAAUUGAUUCUGGUCGUAUAAAAUCUAUUGAUUCUCAAUCAUUUCGUCAUAAUCCAUUGUUAAUCUAUUUACAGAUAAAAAAUAAUCAAAAUAAAUUAAUCUUAAAACAUGAUAGUUUUAAUAAUUCUUAUUUGGAACAAAUUCAUAUUGAAAAAAGUCAUCUAAUCAAUAUACCAAAUAAUACAUUUUCAGUAUUGAGAAAAUAUUUGAAAGAAUUGAAUUUAAAUGGUAAUAAUAUUUCGAAAAUAUCUUUAAUAAAUUUAGAACAAUUAAAAAAAGUUAAUUUGGCUAAUAACGAUUUAUCAUUAUUAACCAUAGGUGAUUUUAUCGGUUUAAAAUCUCUUAAUAUAGUCGAUAUAACAGAUAAUAAAAUUCCGUGUAGUUGUGGUAGUAUAUGGUUACAACAGUGGUCACGUCUUCAACCAAACAUUUCAAAACUAUUGAAUCUAUCAUCGACAACAACAAUUAAUGGUGCAACAUGUACAAUGGGUACAAAUUUAAAACUUGAUUUUAAAUAUCCUUAUUAUGAUAUUUGUAAUCCAUGUCUUAAUUACAAAUGUCCAACAAAUCAAUAUCGAUGUGUAAACAUAUCAGGAACAUAUUCUUGCGUUUAUCAAUCAAUAAAUGAAAAAUAUGACUGUAAUCAACGAAUAAAUCGAUCAUAUCCUGUAUCGACACAUUGUGAUCGUUUUUUCUUGUGUAACGAUGAUAGUUCAGAUGCCAAACUAUUGACUUGUCCUUCACCAUUAUUAUUCAAUAAUAAUUCUCAACGUUGUGUAUUUUCAAGUAAAUCAACAUGUAAUACGAUUGUAUCAAAACAAGGGGAUGAAUCAAAUUCUCAUUAUUCUUGCCCAUUACAAGCAUCAUCAAUUAUUCCCGAAGAACAUUUUAAUACACGUUUAAAUUUCAUAUGGGCAGAUAUUGAAAAUCAAUCAGAUGAACAUUAUGGUCGAUUUCAAACAAUGGCCGAAUUUAUUGAAACAAUUGGUUUUUAUCGACAUGAUCGUCAUGAAUGUCAAGGAUAUCAUAGAUGUCAUUAUAAUAAGUUUAACGGAUUACUCGAAUAUUCUGACUUUUAUCGAUGUUCACCAGGAAAAUUUUUCGAUAAUCAUUAUGAUACGUGUCGAAACUAUGAUGAUGGUGUUAUUCUAUCAAUUCCUGAUCAAUAUCAAUCAUGUCGCUGUAAUUAUGUGAUGCAACAAAUAAGACAAAAUGAUGCUUAUUAUCAAAUGUAUGGCACAAUGCCACAACUUGAACAAGAUGAACCCGAUCCGUGUAGUUAUUAUAAAUCUUUUGUUUGA